CCGAAAGUAAGGCGAAGAACCAAAACACCGUGGGAAGUUACCAAUGACGACCAACCGCCGUCCGCCGCCGCUUGCGUUUCUGUGCUUGGUCUCGGUUUUGUGUCUUCUUUCAUCGCCGUCGCUAGCUUCCUCCGCGAAAAGACAUUAUGUUGUCUACUUGGGCGGCCACAACCAUGGCGGCUCUUCAGCCACUGAAGCUGAUCUUCAAGCCGUCACCGAUUCCCAUCAUGAUCUACUCGCCACUCACCUCGGAGACAUGGAGAAAGCGAAGAAUGCAAUCCGCUACUCAUACACCAGACAUAUCAAUGGCUUCACGGCGGUAUUGGACGCCGAAGAAGCUGCUCGAAUCGCGAAGCAUCCUGGCGUGGUGUCGGUUUUUCCUGACCGGAUGAAGAAGCUUCACACGACGAAUUCUUGGGACUUUAUGUUGCUGAACAAGGAGAUUGAGAUCCCAUCUGGAAAGCUGAUCAAAGUCCCUAGUGAGAUCUGGAAAGCUGCUAGGUUUGGCGAAAAUGUCAUCAUUGGAAACCUCGAUAGUGGUGUUUGGCCCGAAUCCAAAAGCUUUAAUGACAAAGGAUAUGGCCCUAUUCCCGCUAAAUGGAAAGGACUUUGCGAGAACAACACCAAGAUCGGAGUCUCAUGCAAUAGGAAGCUGAUCGGUUCGCGGUUGUACAACAAAGGUUUCAUCGAGGACGGAUCCACGGCUGAUCCCGCCGAUUUGUACAACCCACGCGACAUGGACGGUCACGGGUCACACACUCUGUCCACCGCCGGCGGCAACUUCGUCCCUGGGGUCGACAUCCUAUCCGCGGCCGGCGGCGUGGCCAAAGGUGGUGCUCCGAGAGCCAGAGUUGCCGCUUACAAGGUCUGUUUCGUUGUCGAGGACGGGACGAGCUGUGCCGACUCCGACAUCCUCGCCGGAUUCGACGCCGCCAUCGCCGAUGGGGUCGACGUCCUCUCUGUCUCUCUCGGGAGCGAAGAUUUCGCCGACUACAGUUACCUUGCCGACGGCCUUGCCAUCGGCUCUUUCCACGCCGUCCGGUCGGGAGUCGUCGUCGUUGCCUCCGCCGGUAACUCCGGACCCGUCCAGGGAACCGUUGCGAACUUCGCACCGUGGAUCGUCACCGUAGGAGCCAGCACCACCGACCGCAACAUUGAUGUCCACGUCGAGCUCGGUAACGGCGACCGGCUUAAGGGGACGGCGCUUUUCCAGAAGCCCUUGCCAGACCACAAACAGUACAAGCUGGCCAGUGCCGCUGACGUCAAGCUUCCGAACGCCACCGCGGAGGACGCAAUCCUCUGCUUGCCGGGCACCCUGGACCCCACCAAGGCCCAGGGCAAAAUCCUGGCGUGCCUACGUGGCAAGACUGCCAGGGUUGACAAGAGCCGACAGGCGAAAAACGCGGGGGCAAUUGGGGUAAUUCUCUGCAACGACGAGGCCAGCGGGAUCGAGCUCGUCGACGACAUCCACUACGUCCCGACUUCCCACGUCGUUUACAAGGACGGCGUGAAGGUCUUCCGUUACAUCAACGGGACCAAGAAUCCGACAGCCUACAUCGCGCCACCUGUCACGACGUAUGGCAACAAGCCGGCCCCUUCCUUGGCUGCUUUCUCCUCCAGGGGCCCCAAUGUGGUGACCCCACAGAUCCUGAAGCCUGACGUGGCGGCCCCCGGGGUCAACAUCCUGGCGGCGUACACUAUGGCCGGCGACGACGAGAGCCGGAAGUACCCUUACCAGCUGGAGAGCGGGACGUCCAUGGCCUGCCCUCACGUCGCCGGCGUGGCUGCUCUUGUUAAAGCCGUUCACCCGGAUUGGAGCCCUUCCGCAGUCCACUCGGCCAUCAUGACCACCGCAAGGACAAGGGGUAACACGGGAGACAAGAUGAACGACUUGAACGAGCACGAAUCCUCAUCGUUCGGUUACGGAGCUGGACAUAUCAGGCCGAAUCGAGCCAUCAAACCGGGCCUCGUUUACGAGGUGGCCGCCCACGAGUAUCUGGAACUACUCUGUUCCAUUGGAUACAACAGCUCCGACAUGGGCGAGCUACUGGAGAAGGGUUACAAGUGUCCGAAGAAGGUGAAGAGCGUGUUCGAUCACAACUAUCCUUCCUUCUCCGUCCCCAAUCUCGGGUCCGGACCGGUUACAUUCAAGAGGAGGGUGAAGAACGUGGGUCCUCCGGGGGUUUAUGCCGCGGAGGUGAAGGAGCCAUAUGGGGUUGCGGUCAAGGUUGUGCCGGAUGUGUUGAAGUUUGACAAGUAUGGUGAGGAGAAGAGCUUCAAGGUGAUGGUGGCAGCCAAGUGGAAAGGUGCGGCCAAAGGGUAUGAAUUUGGUGGGCUGACUUGGACCGACGGAGAUCACUAUGUUAGGAGUCCCAUUUUUGUCACUGAUAAUUUAGUCAUCGAUCAGUCAAACAAGAUUGUUGGUACUUAUUAGGAGUUGUGGGAUAUCUUUUUCUUUUGAUUUACUGAUUAGGUUGUCGAAUUUAUUUGACGUAGCUUUUUAGAUCAUUAUCAGUUUGAUUUUAUUGGGUUCUUUGACUUGCCAAUCCAACGCUUCGAUGUUUUUGCCUCACAUUUUAGCUACCAAAAUGUUUAUUUCAAUAUUAGCAUUUGAAUAAAUUGGUCA